UAGUUUUGAUACAAUUAUUAUCGUACAUGUGGUACAUUCUGGUUCACACAAAUCCCCUCACUCACAUCAUUCACGAAAAAGUUUCUGCAGCCCUCUUCCAAGUCGCCUUUCUCCCCCAAAAAACACUUCAAUUCUGUUCUCAUAAACCUUCGCAAUUCCAUCUCUGUUGAGUGUUUUAUGGCGGCUAUUGUUCGAUUGUCAUCGUUAUCAACAUCAUUCAAUUGCGUUCAACAAACUCAAUUUGUAUGUAAAAACAACAGCAAGAAGCUUCUAUCAGUUGCUUCUGGUUCCUGUUCUUCUUCUCAUUUUAUCGUCAGUUCUUUAUUUGGCGUAAAUCACAAGAAGCAAUCGUUACAGUUCAAGAUUCAAGCAACAAUUACCGAAACCGAACAACCAAAAUGGUGGGAGAAAAACGCCGGACCAAAUAUGAUUGACAUACAUUCGACACAUGAAUUUUUACAUGCCUUAAGUGAGGCUGGAGAUAAAUUAGUGAUCGUUGAAUUUUACGGGACAUGGUGUGCUUCUUGUCGUGCUUUAUUCCCAAAGCUUUGCCGAACGGCUCAAGAACACCCUGAAAUCUUAUUCCUGAAAGUCAACUUUGAUGAAAACAAGCCGAUGUGCAAGAACUUGAAUGUGAAAGUCCUUCCUUAUUUCCAUUUUUACCGUGGAGCUGAUGGUCAACUCGAAUCUUUUUCUUGUUCACUUGCUAAAUUCCAGAAAAUUAAGGAUGCAAUUCAGAAACACAACACGGAUCGUUGCAGCAUUGGUCCAAACAUAGGUGUUGGAGAUGUAAACCUUGAAACGGUGUCAGCCCCGAAAAACAAAGCGGCAGAAUCGCCAUGACAUUUAGGAAAAGCCGUCGACUCCAUGCCCUUUUAUAUGUUGUUUAUAUUUGUUUAGUUACUAAUAUUGUAAUGUUCAUGAAAAGUGGUAGCCCAAAUUUGAAAUUUGGUAUUUGAUAUACAUAUGUAUUUUGGUGUGUAUAUAUUUCUGUUUCUAUCCCA